AUGGAUAAGUUUGAGCGCAAUAAAGUGGGGCCCAAGAGGCAAAAUGGUCAAAAUAAGACCAGAGACAAAAAGCUGAAAGCUGGACUCAAAAGAAUAGACGAUCAAUACAAAGAUGCCGUGUCAGCGGCCGCGGCGACAGAAUAUCUUUUACCGGAGUCUGCAGGCUUCUUGGAAGCCGAGUCGGAAAUGGAGAAAACAUUCAGAGUUAAGCAGGACGAAAUUGUCAGUGCUGUUGAUGUCAGUACCUCCAACAAAGCACUCGAUUUGAAACUACGAGAGUUUGGUCCAUAUUCGAUUAACUAUUCCCGCAAUGGAACUCAUUUGUUGGUCUGUGGUCGCAAAGGUCAUGUAGCCUCUAUGGAUUGGCGUAAAGGUCAACUUCGCGCGGAACUGAAUUUAAAUGAAACCUGCCAAGCAGCGACAUACUUGCAGAAUGAACAGUAUUUUGCCGUGGCACAGAAAAAAUACACCUUUAUAUAUGACCACGAAGGUGUCGAACUGCAUAGACUCAAACAACACAUUGAGGUCAAUCACAUGGAAUUUCUGCCUUAUCACUAUCUGCUGGCCACCGCUGGACAAACUGGAUGGCUCAAAUAUCAGGACGUUACGACGGGCCAACUUCAAGCUGAAAUCAGGACGAAAUUAGGUCCCACAACCGCCAUGACCCAAAACCCAUGGAAUGCAGUCAUUCAUUUAGGCCACAGUAAUGGUACAGUAACGCUUUGGGCUCCAAACAUGCCAUCUCCUCUAGCGAGACUUUUAUCUGCUCGCGCGCCUAUCACAAGUGUUGCUGUGGAUAGACAAGGCCAUUAUAUGGUUACCACAGGUGCAGACAAAUCUAUGAAAAUCUGGGACGUGAGAAAUUUUCGUGAAUUACAUACAAUCGAGAAUUUACCUACACCUGGCUCAAAUGUUGCCAUAUCUGAUUCUGGUUUGCUUGCACUGUCAAGAGGACCUCAUGUCACACUUUGGAAGGACGCUUUUAGAUCAAGUAAAGCAGGAAGACCGUACUUUGGUUCAAGUGGACUUACAGAGCGCAAUACACCAUACAUGACCAGUAUAUUCCCAGGUAAUAAAGUCAACAAUAUGCAAUUCGUACCUUUCGAAGAUCUUCUUGGGGUGGGUCACCAAGAGGGUGUGCGCAACUUAAUUAUACCAGGUGCUGGUGAAGCUAACUACGAUGCUCUCGAAGUCAAUCCAUUCGAGACAGCGAAGCAGAGACAAGAACAAGAAGUGAGAACCUUACUGAACAAGUUGCCUGCGGAUUCUAUUGCUCUAGAUCCAAAUGUCAUUGGUACUGUGGACAAACGUGCCUCUACUACCAGAUUAAACGCCAAAGAUUUGGCGGAGAUCACCAAUGGAAAGGCUAAUGAGUCAAAGAACAAUAACGACAUUCCUCAGGUUAUGCCAGCUGUAAAAGGUAAGAAUUCAGGGCUCCGGUCGUUUUUGCGUAAAAAGACGAAGAAUGUUAUCGACGAAAGAAAGCUUAGAGUAAAUUCCCAAUUGUCUAAGGAAAAAGCUGCGCGCCAGCACAAUGAAAUGGUCAAGAGUGGGAAAAUUGAAGAAGGGCAUAAAGAUUAUGUUAGCGAAGCACUUAACAGGUUCGGCUGA